GUUACAACGCUUCAUUGCAUGUACCCUCUCGGCCGAUAUUCUAUUGGCAUUGAGAUUUGAAGACAGCAUAAUGAGCUAUCGCGUAUAAAUAGCCCUUGUUGCCCGCUACUCCUUAUCUCGCAGCAGAUCCAUCGAACAUUUCCCUCGAGUCCUCUACCAGCUACGACACCCAAAUCAAUUGAAGCCAGACUCGGUCUUCACAAACACCAAUAGUUGCCAGACCACCAGUACUUCCUUUUACUAGGCAUACACCUUUCACAAUGCAGUCCGGAAUAACAGCAUCCGCCGAACUCCACGAUGCCUUCACAACCUUUACCUCCGACACAUCUGCAUUCUGCCUUCCAGUCUCAAUAACCUCCGAAUCCCUCACUCCUUUGUCCUCUAUCCCCUUCCCAUCCGGUUCUUCAACACUCUCCUCGUCCGUCUCCGGUCUCGACAGCCUCCUCACACCUACAACACCAUUGUACCUCCUUCUCCGCCGCGCACCGACCAUCCAGGCCCAGUCGGAACUGGUGGCGGUGACAUAUAUCCCUUCUCGCGCACCUGUCCGGCAGAAGACGCUGUUUGCAUCGACACGCGCAACGCUGGUCAGGGAACUUGGCAGUGAGAAGUUCAGUGAGACGGUGUUCCUGACGGAGAGGGAGGAGGUGCUUGAGCCGGCGCAGUGGGACGAGCGUGCCGGCGGCUGGGCCUCUGCAGGAGCAGGACAGGGACAGCAGGAUCCGGGAUUACUGAGUACUGAGGAGAGGGAGUUACAAGCCGUCAAGCGCGCCGAGGAGGAGGAACGACAUGGCACGCGCGGACGGGAUUUGAUGGGCGAGGCCGGCAGUGGUGGGGUCAUCGGCGCCAGGGACGGGACGGGCGCGGCAAGGAGCGGUGUUGUGAUGAAGAUUGACGACGACGCCAGGGCGGCGUUGGGCGAUGUGGCGGCUGGCGCGAGUGGACUGGUGGUGCAGAUGGGCAUUGAAGUGUCUAGUGAGACGCUGACACUUUUGGGCAGGCAGGAGGGUGUGAGCGUGGGCGAUGUGGCCGGCAUGAUUCCGGGGCACAGGCCGAGUUAUACAUUUUACAGCGUGGGCAGUGGCGUGGUGUUCAUCUAUGUGUGUCCCGGGUCGAGUAAGGUCAAGGAACGCAUGGUCUAUGCGAGUUCAAGGCGCGGGCUGCUGCAUAUCGCCGAGGGGGAAGGGGUGAAGGUUCUCAAGAGGUUGGAGGCCGGCGACCCCGACGAGGUGAGUGCGCGGCUGGAGGAGGAGGUGCGCGAUUUGGUCAGGGAGAGUGCUGGAGGAGACGCGGCAGAGGGUGAGGAGAGCGCGCCCGGGUCCGGGACUGCGACGCCUAGUAGAGGUGGGUUUGCCAGGCCCAAGAGGCCGGGCAAGCGAUAGGGGUAGGCAGCAAAGUCUACCUCAAAAGGAAGGGAUGUGAUGACUUGAAUGAGUUGCGUGAAGGCUGGGAGUGGCGCAUGACAGCAUGGAAUUGAAUUCAUGUCCAGCAUGACAAGUCUACUGAGAAAAGGCCGGGAGCCAGUCGGCAUUGCAUAGCGAUGGAAAGAAUGGGGAAGACCUGUGACGGCCUCAAGAAACAAUGAAAAAGCAGUGCAAGCGGAAUGAAGCAGUACUGAGCUUCUAACUCUGAUAUUGCUACCUAGCACACGUCGUCCUAGCCUUAGGGCCAUGAACAAUCCAUGCAACUCCA